CCGUCAUCACCGACAACAGAGGGCGAAUUAGUCCAAAGACAUAAUUAUUAAUGAUUCUAUAUCGUUAGACUUCUUUAUUAUCGUUACUACCAUUAUAUUUAAGCCUUUUAGUUGAAGUCAACUUCAGUUUCAACUAACUUGAGUGCUAAUCUACACUUAAAACCCUACGGUCUUGAACGUAAAGUCUAGGACUACAAGCUACAGAUGCAAUAAGUAUUUACAUUAAGCCCCCACAGUCCAUCCAAGACAGUUAUAUGCUGCAUGAAAGAUCAUUCGCUCUCUGUGUAGCAAUUUCCAUGAUAAACUGCAUACAUUACAUAUAAUCGUUCAAUUCGAACUCCGCUUUGCACAGCUCAUAGUAUAAUUUCGCUCACUCUUAACCGCAAAAUAACCGCAAAGUGAACCCAGAUCGAUUCAUUCGAAAACAAUAGGAAGUGGCAGAUCUCUAAAUGAACCGAAAAUCUUCUGCAUAACGCCGUGGUCCUCUUUUCAGCCACGAUCCCCGUCGCCGCCGCCGCCGCCGCCACCGCCGCCAUUUCCUACAAUCAUGUCGAACAAAAGCGGUACGCAUCGAUUUCUGUCAGUUGCGACUUGUUGCGAUGCUUAUACAAGAUAAUGCAUUCACCCAAGUAUAUAUGUAGCCUCUCCAAGGGUCGUCGGCUGCGUCAGCGCGAAAUGUCUAACUGCUUUGCCGUGAUACCGCCAUCUUGUUUCCAUGCGUUGCUUUAACGUAUGACGUUUCUCCUAGGGCAAUCUCUUCUAUUGGCGGCUUUUCUCCGCCGAUACGAAAAAGUCGAAGCCUGCAGCUCGAAAGUCAAAGCUGUGGCAGUCAGAGCACUCGAAUCUACCUAUGAUAUCGUAGCUUUACGAGUGCAUAUGGGAGCGUAAAUAUGUGCGCGAAACAGGCAGACGCAGAAACAAAAGUCGAAAAAUGACGACCAACGAAUCAGAUCGCUUGCUGUGCACAGAACCACUGCGGACGUACAGCAAUUGCUAUGAGUGCAAAAGUCAAUCCCCCUAGUCGCGUGCGCCAAGAUCGAUAACAGCCGCGGCAACAGCAGCGCCACAUUGAGCAACCGCUGCACUAGCGACAAGCACCGACUCUAUAACAACAACAACAACAACAAGUAUCGAUCGAUUACGGGAAAUGCACAUGCUCGGAUACACGGACCACAUAGAAGUUUAUUUUAGCCAAGAAAAGGACUAGUUAUCUGCGUGUUUAGCGCGUCUGCAAACGAGAAAAGGCAAUGGCCUUUGACAGCGACUCUCCAAAUGAAAAUAGAAACAAGGCUCCAAAGACCCUAGAUGACCUUCACGGCAUUGCUCAGGGCCCGGGUUGUUCCGAGCUGAUUAAAGUCUCCGAGUUUAUCGACAGCUUCUCAGCAAAUCACUUAGCUACGGGUGCCGCGUUUGUGUAUCUGCGAGAGACAACGGAAGUGAACAAAGCUUUGACUAUUCACCGGAUGAUGUCAGUUGACGACGAAACUUUUCGAUCUCUAAGCGUCGCUAUGGAGCAUUCGCAACUAAUGUGUGGGUGCGAAGAAGUUGACUGUACAGUUAUUCCAGACAAUGAUGAUGGCUGGAUUUCGCUUCGAAUACGCAAAAGUGAUCUUCAGCGAAGUCGUCCUUGGCAUGCCUCCUCGUCGUGCAUGUUGCGUUUAGGUUCGCUCAAGACUGACUUACGGCUUCCAGCGUUUCCAGAGCCUCCAGGUCCACGAAUAGUUGAAGGAGGACCCCGUGUAAGAUGGCUCGAAGCUACUUUAACGGUUAGUUUAUUCCGAACACCUCCUACUGGUACCCCGGCUUUUGUCGACCUAAUUGGUCAGUUCGCAGUCUUGGGAUCGACCGAACUCCAGAGUCUUGUAAACAGAUUUAAAUGCACGUCAGGCCAUGCACGUCCUGGGGAUUUUGCAGAUCACCCAGAAGCGCUAAAUAUGGUCAAGCCUCUCUUAGAUCGCAUCAAAGGUUACUUCAUAUUCAUUGAGGAUACGUUCUACUGUUCUAAUUGGGAUUAUCCCAAUGUUAUUGCCAAAUGGAUAUCCGAUAAUAAACUGGGGGACUUUGAAGUUCGAGAUAUUGUUGGUGUCAAGUUUCGAGAUCUCAGCAUCCGAUUAGGGCGUCCUUACGUUUAUAUGCAUAACGGAGACUGUCAACAUCAUGUCGUGUUCAACGAUAUUCGUCUUCUGAACGAACAACGCGAUGAUUCUGACAUCAACAAUUACCCCAUGCUCUUGGGACAAAGGGUGCACCAACAGGUGAACGUUACGUGUCAGAUGUGCGGCAAAGGUCCGGCGGAUUGGGUGAUCACCGACCAUCCGAAAAUGCGACUGGAUCCCACCCAUAUAUGUAGUUCCUGUAAUCGCAUCAUCAAUUAUGACGCCAAUGGAAAGAAAAACUAUGACUUCAAGCUUUUCUCAUUUACUGAUUGGAGUCAGUUAUGAGUAAUGGAUGAAAACCGCUAUCACAUUCAACUGACAAAAUAUCAUUGUAACUAGCAUCCACACCUCCAGCUGGAAUGAUAAAUGUAAAAAUCGGGUUGGUUAAUAAAAAUAUGACAAAUCCA